AGUCCGUUUCGUUUCUUUAUCUCUUGUAAGGGAAUUGUUUUUUUAUGGUUUGUUUUGAAGCCUCUGCAGAUAGAACCUAAGAUUUCAAGUUCCCAGAAGAGCAAGUCAUUUCGUUUCGUUUCGAUUCGCAGAGAUUGAAGGAAAGAACGCACGAAGAAGAGAGAUCGGCUUCUUCUUUUUUGUGUGAUUGACUGUUCUGAUUAUGUGAAAUAGGCUUCUUCUGAGAGAGAUUAUGGGAUACGGUGCUCCAUUAACAGGUUUCAGUGCUAAUGCUGCAGCGGCGGAGACGACUCUGCUUCCGCCGUACAAUUAUAUAGCGAUUGAUUCGUUUCCUAAGGCUGCGGCGGCGUCGACGGCUGCUGGUUUGAAGUCUGAUAGCGGUAUUACCUAUAACCUUCCGAUUCCGAGGAAGCGCGCUAGAGAUCAUUCCACCAUUAAUCGAUUUGUUUCGCAUCCUUCGCCUGCUCAUUUUCAGAAGAAUUGUGGAUGCAAUCACGAUUUUCUUGGCGAAGAUAUCUCCAACCAAUUUCAACAGCAGCAAUUCGAUCUCGAUCGGUUGAUAUCGCAACAUCAGAUGGAGAAGGUGAGGAUGGAAAUGGAGGAAAAACGGAAGAGGCAAGCGAGGAGGAUUUUGGAGGCGAUAGAGUUAGGAAUGAUGAGGAUAUUGAGGAGCAAAGAGGAGGAAAUCGAGAAGAUCGGGAAAUUAAAUUGGGAACUAGAAGAGCGAGUGAAUUCUCUUUGCAUGGAGACUCAAAUAUGGCGCGAUGUGGCUCAGACGAACGAAGCCACCGCGAAUGCCCUCCGUAGCAACCUGGAACAAGUCCUUUCACAGGUAAAAAACAACGAUCACCAAGGCGCAGGAUUCGAAGAUCCUACCACAACUGCUGCCGUCGCCGCCGACGACGCAGAGUCCUGCUGCGGAAGCAACUACGACGACGACGACGACGACAGAAAACAAGCCAAUCACGGGCGGUGGCGAAACUUGAAUGAAGAAGUUGAAGAAUCAGAAGAGAGGAACAGAAGAGGUAGGAAGGCGAGAAAAGGAAACGAGGACAGAUGGUGCAAAAACUGUUGGAAAGAAGAAUCGUGCGUGUUGCUAUUACCAUGCAGGCAUCUGUGUUUGUGUACUGUUUGUGGGUCAUCUCUUCACACUUGUCCCAUCUGCAACUCUACGAAUAAUGCCAGUGUUCGUGUAAUCAUGCCUUAGAAAUUCAGAGGAAUCACCAAAUCAUAUUACAACCCAAAUUCUUCUCUUCAAUUCUUCGCCCCUUUCAUUUUCAAUUUAGAUCAAGAUUGUUUUCCA